CUUGUAGGUCUUCCUGGAAGUUGUUGCUUUUUUCACGGCACUUCUCUCUGUGCUACUGUAUCAUAAUACACAAGAUAAUACACUUUAUUGGCUUAUUACGAAUGUAAGAAAGAAUGGCUAUAUUCAAUGACUGCUCAGUGGUUCUGGACCUGAAAAAUGUCCCUUUUAAAGAGAAGAAGAAGUUGAUGACUGCUAUAGUUGAUAAUGGAGGAAACAUAUCAUAUGUAGUGAACCAGAAGUGCUCAUUUAUGGUUGCGAGCAGCCUGGAGAACAUAAGCAGCAGUAGGUUGAGGAGUGUUCAGAAACACCAGACACCCGUGGUCACACAGCAGUAUGUGUGGAGCUGCCUGGAGAAAGGACUGCUGCUACCUGUUCAAGAGCAUGUCUUAAAGCCACAGAGCUCAGGAAUCACACCUGAACAAGCUGAGCUGAAGUCUAUCUAUCAGCCUUGGAUCCAAACCAGUAGUAUUUAUGAGAAACCCAAAACUCAGGUGAAGGAUGGCACGUACCUGGGCCAGUUCAGAUUAUACAAGGAAAAUGAUCGUGAUAUUCCAGAAUUUCCUUCAGAUUUCCAAGUUGCCAAGUACUCCAUUUUGUUCAAGCUCAACACAUGGUCAGUUCUGGAGCUUCAGAGUGCCAGAGGCCAAGCAGGACAGCAAUAUCGUGUUGUGAGCUCCAUCAUGCAUGAGAGAGAGAAAAGUGUGGUGUGGGAUAAGCAAGUGCACAGCUGUAGCUCUGAGGAUGCUGUGGAUGCGUAUCUGAUGCUGAGCAAGGAGCUGCAGGUCCAAGGCUUCACUCAGACACAAACACUUCCCCCAUGGGCUGAAAAUCUGACCUCUCACAGCCUCCAGCAGCUUCUGUUGGAGGAAAGGCUUAACUGCAGCACAGUCUCACAGGAAGUGGGCGGCUUUGUGGAACUCAUCUGGACAGAAACCCUCGGUUCACUUAGCAGUAUCCUGACUGUCCCUGUUACCAGCAUCAGUCUCAAUGAUGUGAGCAGGGUGGAAGGAUUACUGCUGCAGGUACAGAAAACACAGUGUGAGGAUGAAGUCAAGGGUCUGCUGGAGGAAGUCAACACGCUGCUCCCUCUUAGGAUAAUAGUGCAAGGCUCAAAAAACAAGCUGGUGUCAAAAAAACUAGACAUCUGUCAGCUUAUCAGAGAUAUUCUGAACAUGAUGGAGGCAACUUUGGGAAACCCCUAUCUAUCCUCUCUGGGGAAAUAUCGUGCUCUGAGGUGCAGUAUUGAGCAGGUGCCAUCUCAAAGCCCAGAGUUUCUGUCUGUCUGCCAGCUUCUGCAGGACAGGCCAGCUGAGAUUCAGCAGAUACUGCGUGUGAGUAGAGGAGCAGAGCUUCAUAUGUUUAGAAAUGAACUCGGCAAUAUUAAGUCUCUCCUUCAUUCCACUGCUUCCAACAGCCUGGUAGGAAUCCUGUCUCGAGGUCUGUUGCUGCCCAGGGUUGGAGUAGAGCAGCAUGGGAUUGAAAGAACAGAUAUUGGGAAUCUAGGAAGUGGCAUCUACUUCAGUGACUCAUUAAACACCUCAGUCAAGUAUUCCAAACCCAGUGUGACGGAUGGUUCUCGGCUCCUGCUGGUGUGUGAGGUGGCUCUGGGUCAGUGUAAAGACCUGCACAAAAGGGAUUUCACUUUGACCUCUGCCCCUGACGGCUACAACAGUGUGCACGGAGUCCGCCGUAAACAAAAUAAACUCUCUGAUUUUGAGGAUGAUGAAUAUGUGGUGUAUAACACUGACCAGAUCAGGCUGAAAUAUGUAGUACGGUAUGUUCUACCUGAAGAUGAAGUGAAGGACUUUCAGCCUGAUGUUGACAUGACUCUAGCACCUCUACCUUUGGCUUCAUCCUCACACUUCUUGAACACUGAUGAUGGUGAGGGUUUAGGAGUGAUUAAGAACUCUCUGGAGGAGGUCACUGCCGGGUUAUUGGACAGUAACGGUCAGACGCUCCCCCUGCAGGCAGUACAUGUGAGAUGUAAGCUAAUGGACCUUCUCUCUCAGGUUGUCAUUUUCCAGACAUAUAAAAAUGACAGCAAUGUUCCUAUAGAGGCAAAGUAUGUCUUCCCUCUAGAAGAGACAGCAGCAGUGUGUGGAUUUGAAGCCUUCAUUAAUGGAAAGCAUGUUAUUGGAAAGAUGAAGGAGAAGGAACAAGCACGUAAAGAAUACAAGCAGGCUAUAGAGAAAGGCCAUGGAGCCUACCUGAUGGACCAGGAUGCACCUGAUGUGUUCACCAUCAGUGUGGGAAACUUGCCCCCUGGAUCCACAGUGCUGAUCAAAGUGACCUUCAUCACUGAGCUGGUUGUGAGAGCAGGCACCAUCAUCUUCUCCCUGCCAGGCAGUGUAGCUCCAUGGCAGCAAAGCUCAGCAAUGAACCAGAGAACUCAGACGACCGUUGAAAAGAUCUGUGUGAAAGAGCUUCCGCCAAAAGGAGAGUUCUCUCUGUCCAUGUCUAUCGAGAUGCCCUAUGAGAUCAUGAACCUAGAGUCGUCUCAUCAAAUCAAAAUAAAGAGGACAGAUUGUAAGGCCGUAGUGAGCACAUUACCAGAACAGACGCUCGGCACCGAUGGAUUCCAGCUCAGCUUUACGCUGUUACAGAUCCAUAUGCCCAGAAUGUGGGUGGAGAAACAUCCAGAGAAGGACACUGAGGCCUGCAUGUUGGUGUUUUAUCCACACUUUGAGUCCAGUGGAUUGUCUGUGUCUGGCGUGAGUGAUGUGAUCAUUGUGCUGGAUAUGUCAGAGUCCAUGCGAGGAGAUGCCAUGCAGAACGCACGCAGGAUUGCUCUGAAGGUGCUCAACUCACUGGACCGUUCAUUAAGAGUCAAUGUCAUCUCAUUUGGUUCUGAUUACAAGGAGGCUUUCCCUUCACCGAAUUUGCUAGAGGACGUAUUUGAAGAAGCCAAGAAUUUCAUUAUGUCCUCAACUGCUGUUGGUGGCAGCACUGAGCUGUGGAGACCCCUGCGCACCCUGAAUCUGCUGCCUCCUUCACAUGGUGUGAGAAACGUGUUGCUUAUCUCUGAUGGACACGUGCAGAACCAGCCUCAAACCCUGCAGCUGGUGCGAGACAACGUCCGACACACACGUCUCUUCACCUGCGGCCUCAACUUGACAGCUAAUCGUUACAUGCUGAGAGCUCUGGCUCAGGCAGGUGGAGGAACUUAUGAGUUUUUUGACACCAAGACAAAGUACAACUGGGCUGAAAAGGUGAAUUCUCAGGUGAGGUGCAUGGUAUCACCAGGCUGUAGCUCUGUGGCAGUUAAGUGGCAGCAGUUCAACCCUACAGCUCCCUCUCCGGUUCAGGCUCCCUCACAGCUCCACGCUCUCUUCAGUGAACGUCAUACUUUGGUCUAUGGCUUUGUCCCACACUGCACUCAGGCUACACUGUUUGGUGAUCUGAGUGGGCAGGAAAUUGAGACCAUGGUUUCUACUACAGAAUUACAGAAGACUAAAGGAACAUUCCUUCACAAGCUAACGGCAAGAGCAAUCAUCAGAGACUAUGAGGAUGGCAGCCUUGGCACUAGUGAGGCAGAACAUGAGGGGAAGAAAGCAGAGCUAAAGUCCUACAUCAUUGAGCUCAGUAAGGAGUUCUCUAUCCUGUCCCAGUUUACCAGCUUUGUUGCUGUUGAAGAGAGAGAUAAGGAAAAGCCUGACUCCGGCUUUACUGACGUGCCUAAGAUAAUUGCAGAGGAAGAUGUGGAUAUUCUCUCUUACAUGGGCUGGAGGGAACACAAACAGAGGAGUCAGGAAUCAGAAUCACCCGACAUUAUCAAUUCGUCUGAACUUUCUGUUGGGUUCCCCAAAUCCUCUGUACCGUUUUGUGACAGUUAUAACUCAGAAGAAUUUUGUGAAGCCGAUGAAUUAUAUGAUGACGUUGAAUUUUAUUAUGACGUUGAUAAUAAGGAGGAAGAAUGUGAUGGGGACAUAUAUGACGAUUCCUUGGGAUUUGGAAUUUUUGAUGCACCUGUAAUGGAAGAUGUCCAACCCACUCCUGAGUCUCAGACACUUCACGCAGCUAGUCUAUGCACAGCUUCUAUUGAGACAGACGGAUUAUUUCCUUCAGCUCUGCAGAAUGUUACACAUUUAACGCUCAGUGACCAGAUUUCAGAAUCUGUGACUGUUUCUGACGGAAACAGGAUUGGAGAGAGAAAUGUCCCCUUGGCCGAUCAAUCUGCACUCUGUCCUGAUACUGUUGAUUCUCUCCUCGUUACCUCAGCUAUUCCUGUUGCACUUAAUCUUAGUACAAGAAGCAAUGAUUCCCAUCAGUAUUCCCAAGUUUGUUUCUCUCUACCCAGUGAUGAUUUUGAAAUGCGUUCUCUUUUUCCUUCUCCUCCUCCUCCUCCUGCUCCUACUUUUAGUUUUAAAUUAAAAUCAGCUUCUAACAGUCUUAAAUGUGACAAAACAUCUCAAUUUCUUUCAACUCCUUCUCGUCCUCUUUUUCCAAUGUCUGCUCAUCGUAUAAGUAUGGCUGGCUUUGGACUUCCUCGUUCUCGUUUUAAUGUUAGUUUUGAAGACUCUUCUACUCCUGUUGUAUACAGUCCUUCAGAUUAUAUUAAAACCACUUUCGUAGCCCCUGAUACUCCACCUCCCGAUCGUGCUCUUGCUCGUUUUGGAGCCUCUCCUUCUCUUCCUUCUCCUACUGGUGUUAUUGCUGGUUUUGGAGCCCCUGCUCCUCCUCCUGGUGUUAUUGCUGGUUUUGGAGCCCCUGCUCCUCCUCCUGGUGUUAUUGCUGGUUUUGGAUCCCCUGCUCCUUCUCCUUCUGGUGUUAUUGCUAGUUUUGGAUCCCCUGCUCCUUCUCCUUCUGGUGUUAUUGCUGGUUUUGGAGCCCCUGCUCCUCCUCCUGAUGUUAUAGCUGAUUUUGGAGCCCCUUCUCCUCCUCCUGGUGUUAUUGCUGGUUUUGGAUCCCCUGCUCCUUCUCCUUCUGGUGUUAUUGCUAGUUUUGGAUCCCCUGCUCCUUCUCCUUCUGGUGUUAUUGCUGGUUUUGGAGCCCCUGCUCCUCCUCCUGGUGUUAUUGCUGAUUUUGGAGCCCUUGCUCCUCCUCCUGGUGUUAUUGCUGGUUUUGGAUCCCCUGCUCCUUCUCCUUUUGGUGUUAUUGCUGGUUUUGGAGCCCCUGCUCCUCCUCCUCCUCCUGGUGUUCUUUCUGGUUUUAGAGCCCACGCGUCUGGUUUUAAAGCCCAGUAUGAUCUCUUUGAUCAACCUCUACACACUGAGACAGGUGAAAGUCAGAGAGAAAGAAAAUUACAUUUAGUGAAGAUCCACCACCUUAAUGAGGGUCAAAGCACUCUUCAUCUUGAUGACAAGCUGCCAUGCAGCUUAAAAAAACGCUGCAGAAGAAAACGAUACAGAGAAACUGACCGGAUCAACUGGGAUGAGCUGUUUAACCUUCAACACCAGGAUGGUUAUUGGGAAUGUUCUGGGACACUAAGUAGAUUCCUGGGCCUGGAUGUGGACUUCUUCGCCAAUGUCUUCCUGAAAGAGAAAGGCAUCUGUUCUUUGGGUGAAAAGGCUCAUGCUGUCAUCCUGAAGAUGAUAGCCACACUGCUGGUGCUGCAGUUGAUGCGAGUGAAGAAGAUGGCUGACGGGGAGCUGUUACAUUCUCUCUUCCGCCUCACUGACCACCCCGAGCCCAGGCCAGCCUGCUGGACGGCACUGAAGAAGGCAGUGGAGUGGGUGUGCUGGGCAGAAAGACAGUACCCAUGUGUGUACAGCAGGCUAGAGUUCGGCUGGGACUGGGAGUCCAGCACACGCCAGCUGCUGGGACUGGACCCGCUGCCUCCCUUCUCACCUCUGAUCCCUGUGCUCCAGAGAAGUACACAUCUGCCAGUCAUGUAGGCAUGUGAAGGCCAUUUAAUUCAGUUCACUUCAGUUUUAUUUGUAUAGCGCUUUUAACAGUGGACAUUGUCUCAAAGCAGCUUUACAGAACAUAAGAAAUAUAGUACAAAAUGUUUAUUAUACAAAGAUCAAUAUUACACAAAUGUUUAUGAUUAAUAUUAGACUCAUAUAUAAAUGUUUUUGUAUUUAUCCCCAUAUUUGUGUUAAGUGUUAAGACUUACAACUUAAUUCUGUUAUCUUUAGAUAAUAUAGCAGUGCUUUGUAUACUCUAUUUUGACACAGGGCAUUUUGUCAAAUGUUUUAGAGGAAAGCGGUGUGUUUAAAGAUGUUUACACAUGAAAGAAGAGCAGUGAGUGUUGUCAUGUGCUUGAUGUUCAAAGGAAGAGAAAUCAGUGUCAAUGCUUGUCUGUGUAUCACCAUUUUCUUAUAUUCACUUUCUGUUUCCUGCAAUAAACAAGUUGGAUGUUCAUUUAA